CAAGAUGUACCGAGCUCUGUUUGUCUGUAUCUUCGUUUGUUUAAUUCAGAAUGGCAUCACCCAACCAAUCGGCGCUAGUAUCACCAACCUAGGCGUAAACAAUCUAUCCAACAAUGCAUUACUUGCCAACAACAUGGCAUUAGGCAACAACAUAGCUGCCAGUGGCAUCGCAGCGCUUGGCAAUGGCAUCACUGGCAACGCUAUCGCUGCCAAUACCAACGCGAUAAACGCUAACGCGAACAGCCUGUCAUUCGCCGGUCUUCCAAUAUCAGGAGUGUCACCUAUAGGUUAUGGUGAUGUUGCUGUGGCUGGGGAAAUGCCAGUAGGAGGUUCUACAGCUGUUGCUGGCAAUGUGCCAGUGAUUGGCUUUGUUACGUUUGAAGGCAACGUGCCAGCAGGAGGCACGGUGACUUUGGCAAGCAAUUGCAACAACCCUGUUUAUUGAUUGUUUUAAAACGGAUAAUUUAAUUUAAAUAUGAUAUUAAAUUAUUUUUUAUAUUUAUGUGUGGUGUUAUGAUUGUUCGCUUGGUAUAGAAAUGUAAUUGAAAAAAAUAUAAAAUGGUGCAAAU